UUUUGACGUUUUUGUGCAAAAUCAAAACAUCGUUCUCAUCGGGUUUCGCAUUUGCAGCGAAUUUCGACGACACAGCGAAAAAACUAAAGCCGUAAUCAUGUCCGGGGGAAAAUCACCGACCGAGCUGAUGUCCGGAACGUUCUCAAAAUCUUGGCUCCACGAUAAAUGGGCUCCCGGUGCGGGAGCCCUGUUUGGUUUUAUGGGGGCUUGUUUCGUCAACUUUGGCACCAGCCGUCCGAUUCUGAGUGGCAUCCAGAAGCACAUCAUUGCGGCUGUGUCACUCAGUGUUAUCGCUACGACUGUGGACAAGUGGAGAAACGAAUACCUGGCGGAGAAAGAUGCCACACUAAGACACUAUAUUGAAUUGCAUCCGGAGGAUUUUCCUACACCUGAACGCAAAAAGUUCGCCGAUGUGUUCGAAUACUGGCAACCGAUCCGUUAAAAAACCUCAAGCAUCGCGCAGCUUAAUACCAGUAAAAUAGUGUUUAUCUUCUAAUCGUCUUCAACAAAACCGGAGAAGAGUAGAAACUUUUCGUUUUUAAUUUGUACAGAAA